AUGGAUGCCGAAGACGAACAAGAAGAGAAGAUAGCGGGGAUGGAGUCCAGACACAUUCACGGGAUCAAGGUGAAGUUGUGGUCGGAUCGCAAGGGGUCAAUCAAGCUCCGUGACUGCGAGUGCGAGAAUCACCGAGAUGGAUUUCCACGCUGUGAGACUAAAGAAAGGUGCGUCAGUGUUCCUCGUGUCAGCUGUGUUUUGCCCCUCGGUGCAGACCUUGCCGCGAUCGUUUUGCGCUUCGACUCGGAUAUCUUCGUAUGCUGCAGCGUUCGAACGCCACAAGAUUACUGCAUCAGCAGGUGUCCGCAGCAUCGACAAGGAUCAACGAAACGGAGGAGGGACUAG